AUGCAGCUAAGUGGUGGAAAGAUUGUGGGGUUCUAUGGGAAAGGCCAUGCUUCUCUUCGGUUAAUUGGAGCACAUCUUGAGCCAGUCUCUCAUGUACAUCCCUUCACGAACAUUGGACCUUUUGGAGGUGAAGACAGCGAUUGUUGGGAUGAUGGAAAAUUCAAUGGUUUGAAGCGGAUUGUGAUUACUUGGGGAUGGGUUAUUGAUUCCGUCAGUUUUCUAUAUGACAAUGAUGGGAUCACAGCGGCUGAAACAAGACAUGGUGGAACUGGUGGAUCGAAUUUUGGGGCUGUUGAAUUGGAUUAUCCCGACGAGUAUAUGGCUUCAAUGGCCGGAUACUACGUGGAAUUCGAUGGGCACAUUGUUGUGAUUGGAUUUCAUGGAAGAAGCAGUAAUUAUUUGGAAUCAAUUGGAGCGCACUUUGGACCGGUUUAUCAUCUGCACCCCCUGAAGACUCUCGGGCCUUUCGGAGAUGACAGCGGACAUCCUUGGAAUGAUUCAUGGGAUGUUGGAAAUCACAGUGGUUUGAGACAGAUUAAUAUCAGAUGUGCAACUAUCAUUGAUUCCAUUUGUUGCAUAUAUGAUGAUAAUGGGAACUCCGUACAGGCAUCAACACACGGAGGAGACAGGGGGGAGCCCAACCAGAUCAUAUUGGAUCAUCCUGAUGAAUACCUGACCUCCAUAUCUGGUUAUGCUGGAAAAUUCCUUGACGAGAUUACCAUCAGAUCACUCACAUUUCAAAGCAAUAAGAAGACACAUGGACCCUUUGGUAUCAGAGAAGGAAAACACUUUUCGUUCUCCUCCAACAUUGGGAAGAUAAUUGGGUUCCAUGGAAGUAGCAGUACAUAUCUCAAUUCAAUUGGAGUCCACACUGAACUCUUAUCCUCCAAUAACCCUUCUAUCAAAUUGCUAGAGUUGGAAUAG